ACACCUCUACUUCGACAAAGUACUCUGGUCGGAGGAGACAGAGAUCGGCGGAACCGAGCAAUGGAGGAUCCCGGCGUGAGAAUCCUCUGCCCGAAGCCCGUCAUCACGAGGAACGAGCCCGGGCUCCAAUGGCUGAUCGGAUCCCCGUUCUUCCCCGACCCCCUCGCGGUCGUCUCCACCUUCCGCUGCAUGCACUCAACCACCUCCCCGCCCCAAUCCGUCUUCUCCAUUGACUACGCUAAGGAAUCAGAAGAUCUCCGGGUGUUGCUUUUGAAGGGCUUCCAUAUAAUUGGGGCUCUGGUUGUUCAGAAAGAUGGCAGUGAAGAGCAAAUAGCUUCUCAGGCCAUUGAUGCUGCUCUUAAGAUUAGAAAAUGUCUUGAGGUAGAUGGUUUUGGAGGAACAUCGGAGAAGCAUGGAUUGAUCGGAGCAGCUGCUGAUAUUGUUACCGGCGACACUCACUUUUUUGUCUCCUGCAAGGAAAAUGGCUGGAGUCUCAAACCCGUUUCUUCUGUUGUAUACGACACUGAUCCCGAGCAGUAUGUUUGGGAGACUGCUUGCCUCCUUCAUUGCAAGCUUCCGAUGACGGUGCCAUUAUAUAUACCCGUGGACAAGAAAUCCAGUGCGACUGAGAUUCAUUCCUCUAUAUUAGAAGCGGCUGUUGCUAAUUUUAAGGAUUCAAGGCUUGCAUGUCUAAUUGAGACCUCAAACAAAACACAUGCUGAAGUGCCUCCACCAGCCAUUGUUCAUGCCGUCGAUUUUGAUUUCAAUAUUGACCUGUCCGCUAGUAGAGCUGCCGAAGAUCCAGGUGUCAAGUUACUGAGGUGCUCCGACUUUUGCUUGGAAAGCAAGUCCGAACCAAAUAUUUUCUGUCCAGAGAAUGCAGAUGUUAUUGAAGUCAUGCUUUUGCUUAAUAGAUCCAAGAAGCCUCUUGAAUCUGGUGCACCUUUGACAACGUACUUUCCAGUGGAUGAAGAAACAAAACUUGUGAUUCUUGAGUUCAAUUUGGAUGUACUUUGUUAUGCACCCAAAGACCUCCCUCUGAUCGAUGCUCUUCCAAAGUUAAUUAUCCCUGGUUUAAUUGACCAGCUGACUGCAAUGAAAAAGAUAGUCUUACCAGAUCUCCUCACUUCGCAUCACCAGCAGUUACAGCCAUACCACUUCAACCCUUCUGGGUUAUUGCAUCCAAUAACAGCCAUUUAUGAGCUUACAUAUGGAGAGACUGAGAUGAAGCAAGUUCAAGCUAGAAGGUCCUUGCAUGUGAGGUUAGGUUUACCUACUGAUCGUCCUCUUCUAAGAAUUUCCAAUGCCUUAUCUUUCUCAGAGGAUAGUACGAAAGGCAAAAUGAGACAGAAGGGUCCAUCUUUGCUUCAAGAAGUACAUAUUGGUAUUCCAGGCAGUGGGGUGUCAGGAGGAAUUGUCUCUUUGGUUCAAGGUUCUUAUGAAUAUUAUCAUUACCUUCAAGAUGGUUUUGAUGAUUCGGGCUGGGGCUGUGCCUACCGCUCUUUACAGACUAUCAUUUCUUGGUUUAGACUUCAGAAAUACACAUCUAUUGAUGUUCCUUCGCACAGGGAAAUUCAAGAGACACUAGUGGAAAUUGGUGACAAGGAGCCAUCUUUUGUAGGUUCUCGAGAGUGGAUCGGUGCUAUUGAGUUGAGCUUCGUCUUGGACAAGCUUCUUGGUGUGAGCUGCAAAGUGAUUAAUGUAAGGUCUGGUGCUGAGCUCCCGGAGAAAUGCAGAGAACUCGCCAUGCAUUUCGAGACUCAAGGGACGCCAAUCAUGAUUGGUGGAGGUGUGCUUGCAUAUACUCUGCUUGGAAUCGACUACAAUGAAGUGAGUGGAGACUGUGCUUUCCUCAUACUUGAUCCUCACUACACGGGUACUGACGAUCACAAGAAGAUCAUAAAUGGUGGGUGGUGUGGAUGGAAGAAAGCGGUGGAUAGCAAAGGAAAGAACUUCUUCUUGCACGAUAAAUUCUAUAAUCUCUUGCUGCCUCAGCGGCCCGACAUGGUUUAAACUGCCCUCAGUUUUGUGCUGAGCAGAUAUUUUUUGUAUUUUAUUGAGAAAAGCUAAAGCGCUGGACAAGCCAAGCCAACUGAGGCAUUUUGGCCUUUGGCGCAUUCGCAUGAUUAGGACCAGUCAAGUCUGCUGCGUGUCGGAGUUAGAGCAUUCAUCAGUCAAAAAUUUGAAGAGGGAAUGUAUUUCAAAUGUCACGAACAUUUUUUAUCCUAUUUGUCUUCUCUAGUAUGUAGCAAGAUUUUGCAUGUAAUUCUUGUUAGUAAUCUAUCAAGUUUUCGUCUGUAGUAUUAAAACAGCACAUUAGUCCUUGAAAAUUAAUCCAAACACAAACAACCUUCCAUUUGUACUUAUAA